AUGUUCGACUCGCGCUACAAAACGCAAAAAGAACGUAAAGCGGCCAAACCGACGUUUCAAAGCAAGGUAUACAACUGCCUCGAACGGCCGGCCGGUUGGAGGUGUUUUAUGUACCAUUUCAGCGUUUUCAUAGUAGUUUUGGUAUGUUUGAUACUCAGUGUUCUCUCAACGGUCGAACAACACAGUCGAUUUGCUGGUGAACUACUUUUCUUAUUGGAAAUUUUUCUCGUGAUAUUUUUCGCUAUUGAAUAUUGUGUUCGGUUAUGGGCAGCUGGCUGCCGUUCAAAAUAUCUCGGUUUUUGGGGUCGACUACGAUUCGCCAAGAAGCCCAUCUCAUUUAUUGGUGAGCAGAUAAGCUUGUUCCGGUUUCCGAUUUUCGUUUCUUAG